AAUAAUUCUAGUAAAUUGCAACAUUACAUCAUUAGCCACAAAACUUUCCAAUUCCAUAGCAAUGCUACUCAUAAAAAUUACUAUUGUUUCAUACAAAACAAAUUCUUGCAGGCAAUAUCAGCUUUUAUUGGUUGGUAUGGGAGAGGCAUUAGUGUAGAAAGAUAACGUUUUUUUGUGACUAGAACAUCCAGGAAUGAUAUUGAGAGUUUUUUAAUUACAAUUCCAUUAUGAACAUAGCACCUUGGUUAAAACAAAUGAAGGAUAGUUAACCUAGUAAUGGAUGAUCCAGAAGCUUGGUUCGAAGAUGCUGACUCCACGUUUUGAACUUACUCAGAACCCCCAGUUUGUUAUUUUAGUUAUUCAUGCUCCAUAUACAAAGGUUACAGAUGCAGAGCUUUUCUUUCAUGGGAAUGAUUUUAAGUUCUUCUCCAAGCCAUAUUUUCUGAGGUUGACUUUGCCUGGAGAAGUGAAAGAAAAUGGAAAUGAAAAAGCAACAUAUGAUGCAGAAAAAGGUACAUUUACUAUCAAGAUGCCCAAAAUGUCUCCCGGUGAAGUGUUUGAAGGCUUGGACAUGAUUACCAAACUUUUAACACCAUCAGGAAAAAUUUCUGCAGCAUCACCAGUAAUUGAAGUUCUUGACUCUACAGAACUAAAAGAAGACAAAGAUGAUGAUGAAUUUGAUUGGCAGAUUGAGCAGAUACCUUGGUCAGAUGACAGUACCAUAUGUGGAGAAAAAUAUGGGUUUGCUAAUGAACGGUAUGGAGUGUGUACUCGUCUUCAGGAAGAAUUACCAGACUUGGUGGAUAUUAAAAAUCCAGACCAUAAAUCUAUUGAAGAGAGGAGAAAAGAAAGAAUAAAUGCAGAAACUGCCCAGUUCAGUGAUGAUCAUUACCUUGCUGAUAUGUAUCAAACUGAGCUAAUCCAAGAAGUGCUGGAGUUCCAAGCUCCAUGGGAAAAACUCUACUAUAAUCUGGGAAACUCUGGUAAUGCAGAUGAGUUAGUCAGUUUUACAGAAGCAGAAAGAGAACAGAUGAAGAAGUUACCAAAAAAGGAAUAUCUGCUUAACAAAGCCACUAAGCAAACCUUGUUUUUAGGCCUUGUGGAUAUAUUAUAUGCUUAUGCUUAUGAUGUGCGAACAACGGAAGGGGAACAAACGGUAGAGUCAAGUUGGACCAUCAGCAAACUAAGUGCUACUUUGUCAUGGUUGGAGGUAUUUACAUCACUAAAAAGUGUGACCAUUACCACUGUUCGACGUAGCCUUUGCUACCCAUUGUUACGUAACUGGAAUUUGGCCAUGAAGUUGAUUAAAGAUACUCAGCAGAUUUUAAGCUUAGGACGAAACUUUGUUUUGAAGUGUUUGUUGAAGAUCCAUGACACCCUGAAUGACAGUGACUCUCGAUAUGUUCUGAAUGACUUGUACAUAACAGAUUAUUGUGUUUGGGUUCAAAAUGUAAAAUCCAAAAAUUUCAUGUCAUUAGCUAAAGCCCUUGAAAAGGUUGAAAUAAACAAAGGAGAUGUAAACCUGGAUCUGGAAGAACUAGAAGCGGCUGCAAGAUUGACACUUUUGGAAAAAGAAGAAAAUGUUGAUAUUCCCACAACUGACACAUCAGAAUCUUGUAAAUCUAAUUCUGUGGCUUUAGUUGGUGAGCAGUUGGAUAACCUAAAAUUGAGUGAGACAUUAUCGGUGACUGAGGAACCCAGUAAGAAAUCCUCUGACCAGUCUGAUGAAGAUUCUGCCACAGACUCUGAUGACAGCAGUGGAAGCAUUGGAACAUCUACUUCUUGUUCUUCUUGCAUAUCUUCAUCUUCAAACAGUGAUGUUUAUUCUAGUGCUGUCAGUGAUGAUGAAGGGCUCUCAGACAGUAAUGAUGACAGCUCUGACUCUGAAGAUAGUAAUGAAAAUUCCUCACUUCUUCAAAAGAACUGUGAAAGGAAAAGAUAACUGAUAACAUAGCAGUGGAUUUUACAUACUAGUUUUACUUUUGAGUGUUCAUAACUUGUUUAGAGUUUUCUGAUUCAUUUUACCUCUCUCAAGAGUUUUUGAACCAAACAACUUGAUUCAACAACUAUUUUUAUACUUGUUGAAUCUAUAUUCUUAGCUUAACUCUUUCAAAAUGGGCUUGGUCCGUCGGAUCGACCUCGUAACCAUUGUGUCCUUGUUAUAGUUUUCAUGCUAUAACUUUUAAAUUAGUAAGCGUAUGUUGAGGAAAUUUGGCACAUUAUCAGUUAACAUUACAAUGAUUUCAUACGCAAGGUACUAAUUCUUAAGGUUUGUUAAGCAAAAUUUCUCCUACCUUUUUAUUCUUUUCACUUGUUACCUAUCCAACAUGCAAAGUAAUUUUCAUUUCAAGAUGAAAAAUAUUUUCAUGCAUCAGAAAAUUUUAAAAUUUCACAUGCAAAAUCUUAAUAAUGUCCAGAUAGUUAUCAAACGUUUCUUAAGGAAAAACUUUAUAUUUUAUCUUUUAUUUUCACUAAUGAAUAUCUAAGGGUUUGACAGAUUUGACCAAUCUCGUAACCAACAUAAAAUAUUAGGAAAUAAAUAUAAAUUAUGCUUCUUUCGUUCUAGAAUGACUACAAAUUAUAACACAAAAACAUUAAUAUCUAAAAUUAGGAACUCAAAUUACCAAUAUUGACAAGCUGAUAUAAAAUACGAACUUCGUAUCUUUUCUUUUUGCAUAGAUAUCGCCUAGGUACUGAAUCAAACACAGUAGCCCAGCUCACCUCUUUUCAUUUUUGGAAAUGGUACCUCAUAUACACUUAUCAAUAUAUGACUUGUGAAUAAUUAAUUGACAAUUUAGAAUGUCCCCUAGUGGUUUUCUCAGCCAUUAUAAAAUGUUGGGAAGCGCUCUCAUUCUUUAAAACCAAGAUUUCAAGCAGGUAGGUUGUGUAUUCAAUCUGCUUCAUAUUUCAUAUUUUUUUAGAUUGAAAUACAACUUUGUUUGGAAGUUCGUGCAAAGCUAUAUGAGGGCUAUCUGCACUAGCCAUUCCUAAUUUAACAUUGUAAUACUAGAGGUAAUGAAGCUUGUCAUCACCACCCACUCAGGGGCGGAUCCAGGAUUUUGAGCAGGAGGGGGUCCAAAUGGAAAGUUUAAGUAUUUAUAUAGAAUAUAUUUCAUGUAAAACAAAAGUUUUGUCAGUUGAAAUAUUUAUUAGUAAUAACAAAUGAACAAAAAGACUAUUUGAUAGUUUACCCCCUACAAAAUCGAAACUGUAACACAGCCGUCAUUGAUACCUAUUUCAUCAAGAGAUAAAGUCUACUCUUUGUACAAGGUUGAAAAUAGUCGGUGUAGCUUUUUGAGGAUGAAUCUUUGAAUAACAUCUUGUACAUUAAUUUGAAGUCUGUGGAGUUCAGCAAUUUAGGGCACUAAGGCAGUCCUCCAACAUCAUAGAUCGCAACAUCAUCUUCGUUUGUCGAACAGCCGAAAAUAAUCUUUUUGCUUCGCAGUUAGUGAUAGGAAUGAGGCAUCCAAGUUGAAGCAGCACAUGAAGGUUUGGAAACAAAUCCUUAGAGCAAGAUUUGAGGGCACUGAUUAGAGUAUCUGGAGAGUUCUCACAAUUCUUCCACCUUCUUCGCCAGAUCUCUAGCUCAGUUUGUAAACUACCUGAAAUAAAGUAAAGAAAAUCUACCUUAGUAAUUAAGGCUUUACUUUUUAGCGUCGUUAUUAAAUAAAUAAAGUGUUAGGCCAGCCAUUAAAAACUUGAAUGGAACAGAUAUAACAAACAUGAAAAAAACAAAACAAAAACAGAAUAUAAAAAUUAAAUUAAGAAUAGAUUUAUAACACUACUAAGACGAGUAAGGUCUGGUUGAUAUCCUGAAAGUUGGUUCACCAAUGUCGAUAUCUCUUUCAAAUCCAUCCUUCUUAUCACUGAUGGUAUCCACGACAUGAAUGCUGAAACAGCUGUGAUAGAUGAGUCAGAGAAUCACUCGGCCAGUUGUGUAUUCACAUCAUCAACAAAGGGUAUCACAUAUGCCUGUUUGAAAUACUCCCUCGGGUUUUUGGCUGGGUGUAUUGACCUGUAAGAAAGAAAGAAAACUUUAUUUUGCAAGAAAAUGAAAGAAUAAAUUGAUCGGCAUGUUAAAACAACAAAACAAAGUAAGCAUGUGUAAAUAAAAACAAUAAAUUUUGUGUUAAAAAAAAUCAUUAUUUCUGCAAGGCAAAUCAAAAGGCCUUAGAUACCUGUAAGUGCUGGCUUUAGCUCGGCGUAUUUUUUCAUCAGUCCCAAGCUGUUCAGCAAUUUUUUUAUUUCCACAUACCAUCCAUCAAAUCGGUCGUUUACUUCUCGCCUUAAUAGAUUCAUGUCUUUCUUGACAGAGGACAGCAAAGAAUAUGUCGACCGGACAUCGAAAUCUCGCUGCUAUAACUUGUGGGUGGUUUCUCUCAAAGGUGCUAAGACAUUUUCCAGCACAACUAAGGACACAAUGGUCUCCAAUUGACCAAAAUUACCUAAGAAAAAGACUUUAAUAAUAAUAUAUAAAAAGCAAAAAUACAAACAAAGCAGAUGAUAUAAGAAAAAAGAAAAUUUUGAAAGAAUUAAGUGACACAUUAAUUAAUUAAUGAUAUCUAAGAUUUCCUGGGCCUUGGUUUUCUUUUCUGCAUCCCAAUUCCACUCAUCCUUGAUUAGGCAACACAUAUCGGCAUCUUCUUGGUACAAGUGCAGAUUGACAAUUAUAUCGCAAGUAGUUAUUACUGCUGGUGUCAUGUCAAUGAAAGUAAAGUAAAAAAA